AUGGCAGAUUCUGACCAGCCACGACCCUCCGACAUGGCCGAAGGCGAGAAAAUGUCCGCAAUAGCUGGAGACACUGCCACAACGGCUCCAACGGCCCCCGGGGCAGGGGCGGGAAAAGGUGUCGUCAAGAAGCGCCAGGUGUCAAAGCAGGACGACCAGGUCAUGGGCACCAAUAACAGCAGCAUCACCUCCAAAAGAAGUGUUGAGAAGAUCUACUACCCGGACGAGCCUCACUUCUUCCGCUAUUUCGUAAAGCGCUUCCAGCGCCGGGCCCCCGUCAUCAACCGCGGCUACCACCUCCGCAUGCACCUCAUCGACUGUGCAGUUCGGGACUUCCUGGGCGCGCCUCUCGCCUCUGGGAAGAAUACCAAGGCUGUAGUCAACCUUGGGUGUGGGAGCGACGUGCUGCCAUGGCAGUGUCUCACUCGGUACCCGGACCUGUGUGACUCGGCCGUCUUUGUCGACGUCGACUUCUCCGACCUGAUCUUGAAGAAGCGCGACGUCGUGAUGGAAACGCCUCAACUCUGGAACCCGCUUGUCCCGCUUGAGACCAUAGCGGGUGAUCCAGUGCUCCUGCGCUCCCGGCGCUAUUUUCAGAUCGGGUGCGACCUCCGUGAUGUUCCAUCGCUGGAGUCCGCGUUAGCUUCCGUGGUCGAUCUGACCCAGGCGUCGUUCUUGUUCGUGGCAGAGGUGUCCAUCACAUAUAUGCCAACCAACUAUGCCGAUGCCGUUAUUCAGUGGGCUAGCACUCUGGGUGACUCCAACUUUUGCCUUCUCGAACAAGUACUGCCAGAUGGGCCCGAGCACCCAUUUGCGCAAACAAUGAUACGGCAUUUCGAGAGGCUGAACACGCCUUUGAAAUCCAUAGACAAGUACCGGACCUUGUCGGACCAAAGGAACCGCUUUGUGGGGCGAGGCUGGCUCGAGGUUGCGUGCUGCUCGCUUUGGGAUGCCUGGUCCAGUGACCAGUUCUUAUCCGAGGCUGAACGCUGCGGGCUGGAUACGGUAGAGCUUUUUGAUGAAUGGGAAGAGUUUUCACUCUUUGGGAGCCACUAUAUGCUCCUCCAAGCCUCAACCUCUCAGGCCAUACGGGCGCCAUCAGAAGAGACCCCUCCUCAUACUAAUUCACCGCCUCUACCAUCAGUGCGUGCCCGCGUCAGUUUCUCGGAGCAGCAAGGUACCCAAGGGCCGCGGCGUUUCGGCAGGGCCAUGACCUUUCCCGACGUGCUAGGCCGGCAUCUCAUCGCCGACGUCCUUGGUAUGGGCUCCAACGGUAGGCUGCGAUCUGUCGACCUGUACACCCCUGACGGGAAGACCCAGGAGCCCAUUUUGCGAGCCGCCAGCGGCCCUUCUAGCAGGGUAUGCCACUCCCUAACAGAUAUUGGGGAGCACAGCGCGCUCCUGGUUGGUGGCAGGACUUCGCCUUCCAGCCCCAUGGCCGAUGCUUGGGUUUUCGAGAAGACUGCCAGGAGCUGGCGGCGGCUCCACGGAACUCAUGAGCUGCCGGUCCCGCUCUGCCGCCACACGGCCGUCAGGCUCGGUCACUCCAGCAUGGUGCUUGUUCUCGGCGGCAAGACUGGGCCGUCUGCGAUAUUUGAUGGAUACCUCCUGUACCACCCUGACCGAGGCUGGAUGAGAUGCCGUGUUGCUAGGUCGUCGAUCCCCACACCGGUUUUCGGUGCGCUUGCUUUCUGUUCGUCCAGGGCUCCGCGAGGGUCUACCACGUUUUCGGGUGUGUAUGCUGGCGGCAUCGGAGAGGGCGGAACCAUUCAGGACCAAGUGCUGCUCUGGGAGCUAAAUGUCUCUGACAUUGCUGCCCCGGAGUUGCACUUCAGAGAUAUCGAGAAGGUUCAGCCCAGCUACCGUGCCCUUGUGGCGAGAUUCGGCGCAAACUGCGUUCCGCUCGGCCAUGGCUUCCAUCUAGUGGCCGGGGGCGUGGACGUGUCCGGCCUUGUGCGGCAGGAUCACGAUCUUUUGGUGCUGCGCGAAGAGUCGCUCACUGGCGAUCUAAUAGUCUGCCGCUUGGACAUAUCUGAUCCGAGCUUACCCCGUCCCUUGCUCAUCGGCUCGUGUGCUGCGGCAUUCCCGGGCAGCAUAGUUCUGCUUGGAGGAGGCGCUACAUGCUUCUCGAUGGGAACCUUCUGGACGAAGGGCACAUACGCUAUCAACUUUCAUCCUGGCCAUCUAGCGACCUCUCUUUCUCCCUCUGAGAAGCCUCGGAGAUGUCUAGACUUGCCUACAUCUGACGCCAUUGAUGAGGGUCUGGACGAGAAAAUCGAGACCUGGGGCUGCGCCGAGACAGCGACGCUGGUUGAAGCUGACAAGCCAGCAGCUGCCUCGUUCAAAGCCGUUGAGGCAAGGCCAAUCCCUCGCGUUAGGCUCACAUCAGAGGCGCAAUUUGUCCAAAUCGUACGCGAGGGAAAGCCAGCGGUGAUGGAAGGGGUCAACAUCGGAGCUUGCACCGACAAAUGGACCCCUACCUACAUGACCUCGGCAGUCGGUGGCGACAGAGAAGUGGUUGUUCACGAGGCUCAAGGGCAGUUGAUGGACUUCAACGCCAAGAACUUUCGCUAUACGAAUAAAAAGUUCUCGGAGCUCGUCGACGAGAUGGAGAGGGGUGGUAGACUUUACCUUCGCGCGCUGUCGAGCAACGAGCCUGCAUCGCGACCGGCAAAUCUGCAGGAGGACUUCCCCCUGCUUGCCUGCGACUUUGCACUACCGGCCGAGAUGGCGCUGGUUGUGCAAAACCUCUUCAGCUCGGUGCUGCGCAUGUCGGGUCCGGUGAACAUGUGGCUGCACUACGACGUGAUGGCGAACGUCUACACCCAAGUUCGAGGCUCGAAGCGCUUUCUCCUAUUCCCGCCCGGCGACGUGGCCGAGCUGUCCAUCGGCGCCGGGGGCUCUAGCUCCAGCAUCGACGCGUUCGCCGGGCUACUCGACGGCGGGCUGUCCUCGCACACGCGGCCGCAGGAGGCGGUGGUGGGCCCGGGCGACGUCCUGUACCUGCCGCCGUUUUGGCUGCACACGGCGACACCGGUGGCGGGAACGGGCGCCAGCGUCGCCGUCAACGUCUUUUUCCGCAACCAGGACGACAAGAGCUACGCGGCGGGCAAGGACGUGUACGGGAACAGGGACCUUGCCGCGUACGAGAGGGCGCGCAAGGACGUGGGACGCAUCAUUGGCGGCUUCGAAGGCGUGCCUGCGGACGCGAGGGAGUUUUACCUGCUCAGGCUUGCUCAAGAGCUGCGGCAAGGUGUGAACCCUUGA